AUGAGCGACUAUUACCACCACUUCCUAUCCUCCAUGGUAGGAGUUGGGGGGCAGCCCAACCCCAACCAGCUUGAUGGUGCCGGACAGAUGUCACAACCUCAGGUCAUGCCGAUGGGCGUCUCUUCGGCACCCAACCCUUACCAAAGCCUGGGGUAUUUCACAGGUUUUCCGGAGCCCAUCAUGUUCAAUGCGCCGAAGGCGCAAAGAAGCAGAAGGAAGUCGGCACCGGGCCUCGAUCACAUCAAGCAUCGCCGCACAAGAUCUGGCUGCUACACUUGCCGCAGCCGGCGAGUGAAGUGCGACGAAACACGUCCUGUCUGCGAAAGAUGCAGGAAGGGAAAGAGGGAAUGUAUCUAUCCGGAACCCCCGCCCUCGAAGGGAUCGGGCGCCGCAAAUCCCAAAGACUCGGCCGGGGCAAGCCGGCAAGCGAGUCCAAGUUCCUCCCCUGGCGAUGAUGAAGACGAGGCCGAGCAAGAUACGAAGUUGGACCCGAUCAUGGACGAAGACGAAGACGAACCGGAGAGCGCGACAUCCCAAACCUCGGCGCCGAAUUUCCCGCUCCGGAGAUCCAGUACCGCAUCCUCAUUCGGGCGUCAGCGUGUCCCCGUAGGCCACCGUCAGGGAUCGGAAACCCCUUCCUACGACGAAUACAAGGACUCGUCCCCAGCCUUGUCGUCCGGCGUCACCAGCACUCAUACGCCUUCUGGGCUUCAUUUCCCUGAUGGAUCGACCGCCGCGACCGCCUCCCGUCCUGACUGGACAUUCCUCCCACACGAUCUACAAUUCUACCUCAGCUAUUUCCAAGAGAACAUAACACACUAUCACUACUGUGUAGUGAACGACGCCGACGACUUUUUUCGGACCAUCCUGCCGGGGUUGGCGAUCCGCGAUGAGGCGCUGCUCUAUGCGGUAGCGGGCUUUUCCGCCUACCACCACUCGAUGAAGAACCCAAAUGGGAAGAUCCACGAAUUUCUUCAGUAUUACAGCCGUAGCGUCACGUUGCUUUUGGACUCCCUGAAGAAGGAAAAGCAUACGGUAGGGACGCUAUUGACGAUACUGCAGCUUGCCACGAUCGAGGAAUACCUGGGCGACUGGGUCAACCUCAUGGGCCACCAAAAAGCAGCUUUCGAGGUCAUGAACAAGCUAUUUACGCCGCAGACGGUGAUGCAAACACCCGUGGGCCGUGUUGCUCUAAUGUGGUACGCUCGGUUCGACAUUUUUAUCGGCAUCAUGGGGAGUUUUGGGACUUCGCUGUCCCAAGAUUGGUUCGCAGCAUCCAUGAAAUAUUAUAACUCAAGGGUGGUAGCAGAACCCCAAAACUUGACUUGGAAAAUCGAGGUCUCCUCGGCGCGAGUGCGGCUGAUCUCCCAGGAAAUGUCGGAGCUUUUCGCCAAGGGGGCAAAGCAGGAGUUUACGGAUGAGGAGUACGCUGCCGAGCAUCGAAGGUUGUCUGCCUCGUGGGAGGAGUGGAAAACCACGUUCGACGCUACUCUUAAUGAUCCGGCGUAUCUGGUGACCGACUUCCCCGCCGACCAGACGCCCGACGCUGAGGACAUUGUCAACCCGUUCGCGCCUGGGGUUCUCUUCCGGCCGCCGCUCUUUGCCUCGACGUUGAUGGCGUGCGAAUAUCACUCGACUUCACUCAUGCACGCCAGCCAGAGCGCGACAGCACUCACAGAUGAGGACCAGGCGAAGUUGAUGGAGCACGCAUAUGCGAUAUGCAGGAUCGCCGAAACGGUAGAGCUCUGGCCUCACAGCCCGCCAGGGAGCUUGUUGGUCCUGCAAUCCUGUCUUGGUAUCGCAGCACUUUAUUUGCGACGGGAUCCGAAGCAUCACAUGUGGAUCAGGAGGAAGUUCGCUUUACUCGAGACAAUGGGAUACAUAUCCCCCAUCACAAUGCGCACACGCAUGGCCGAACUUUUUAAUGACGAAAGCUGCAUCCGAUGGUGGCUCCCCAACGACGAGGGGUUUAGCCCCUUGCUCCAAAAUGUCCGGGCCAUUGCGGACGAGCGCAACGAGAUGGCGGCGUCAACUCAAAGGGAGAACCUGCAGCAGAUUCGCCAUGUAUUCUCAAGGAUGCAGAUUGCACAGGAGUACGCCGAGGACAACGACAGUGCACAUGCAGGGGCAAAGAGGAAGCACCCGGAGGCCUAA